UUUUAUUUGCUUAGGUGUAUUUGCGCUUGGAUCAGCCUGUAACAGCUUUGAACCUUUUCAAGCAGGGGUUAGAUCGAUUUCCUGGAGAAGUGUCUCUUAUUUGUGGAAUUGCCAGAAUCUAUGAGGAAAUGAACAAUAUCUCCUUGGCUGCAGACUACUAUAAAGAUGUCUUAAAACAAGACAAUACUCAUGUGGAAGCCAUCGCGUGCAUUGGCAGUAACCAUUUUUAUUCAGACCAGCCUGAGAUAGCUCUGCGGUUUUAUAGACGGCUCCUGCAGAUGGGUGUUUAUAACUGCCAGCUUUUUAACAAUCUGGGCCUCUGUUGCUUCUAUGCCCAGCAAUACGAUAUGACACUGUCGUCGUUUGAACGUGCACUGUUUUUGGCUGAAAAUGAGGAGGAGACAGCAGAUGUGUGGUACAACUUGGGACAUGUGGCUGUGGGGAUAGGAGACCUGAAUCUGGCUUACCAGUGUUUCAGGCUGACGUUAGUCAACAAUAACGACUACGCGGAAGCUUACAACAACUUGGCUGUGCUGGCGAUGCGAAAAGGUCACAUUGAACAGGCAAGAGCUUUGUUGCAGACUGCUUCGUCUUUAGCACCUCAUAUGUAUGAGCCCCAUUUCAAUUUUGCAAUACUCUCAGAGAAGGUUGGAGAUCUUCAGAGGAGUUACACAGCUGCUCAGAAGUCAGAAGAAGCAUUUCCAGGCCAUGUUGAUACGCAACAGCUCCUCAAACAGUUAAAAGAGCACUUUGCUAUGCUCUGAUGAGCAUAUUUUUAAUUAUAAAAACAGUUAGCCAAAGUGAAUGUCCCUACAUCUUUUUGAAAAUACUAGCUC